AUGUUACGAGCCUCUUUCCUUCGUAUUUGUACUCAGCGCAACCUCGUUGCUUGCCGUCGCCAGUACAGCAGCAGCAAGACCCCCUCCGAUCUCGCUGCUACCCUCCCAGCAUCCGUUGAUUAUCCCAAUCCACGAUGGUUCUCAGAUUUGCAGUCGCGUAUCAAGAGGUCAAUGACCCCAGAACUUCCUAAGGCCAAAUUUGAGGAAGCGGAGAAGCUGUUAAAGCAUACUGAGAAACACUGGCUGGGCUUGUUGGCCGGCCGUGAAGGAUUUAUCACCGAUUAUGAUUAUAGAGGCCUGGACCGCCAGCCCAUCUUCUGGGGCGAUAUGGCAAGACAUGUAAAUAAUGUUAUGUACAAUCGCUACGCCGAAUCUGCAAGAGUCAACUUCUUCCGGAACCACGGUAAAGACGCCACCGAAGGUAGAGGGCAAUUAUGGGAUGACCUCCUGACGCCGAGAGGACUCGGUCUUAUACUGAAGAGCAUCAAGACGGAGUUUAAAUUCCCAAUGACCUUUCCCGACAAUGUCACGGUCUUGAAUAGAUUAGUCGAGGCGCCAACAACCGAGACUCAUGACCUGAUGCUGGAAGUCUGGAUAAUAUCAGAGAAGCACCGUCGGCUCGCGGCGCGGUGCUUGGAGGAGGUUACCGUCUAUGAUUAUCAGGCCGGGAGGAAGGCGACGCUUGCACCAUUCAUGGUCGAGAAACUCAACGAGACCUGGGAUUUACAAGAGAAAUUUCGAGCUCGCUUCAACGAAGAGGCGAAGAUCGUGGCAGAAGCACUGGAUAUGAUCAACGGCUCGAAGUGA